AUGGCACCUAGGUUCCGUCCAGCAGUGGCAUCACAGUCCUUUGGCCGCGCGCCCCAUCAUCGAAUUGAGCACAAGCUAGCUCUAUGUGCCGAGUAUGGCUUCGAGGCAGUUGAGAUAUUCUACGAAGACCUCGAAUUGCUCGCCCAAGACCUUCGGCGGACAGACGCCUCUCUAACCAAGGAGUCAUCCCUCCUCGCCGCUGCAACCAGAAUCGCCGACCUCUGCGCACAACUCGACCUCUUCAUUAUAUGUCUACAGCCCUUCGCUAACUACGAGGGCCUCGUAGACCGCAAAGCCCACGCCUCGCGCAUACAGGAAUUGUAUUUCUGGAUCCGUCUUGCCCAGAAUCUUAAAACAGAUCUGAUUCAAGUUCCCUCCUCAUAUCUACCUGCCGCAGAAUGCUGCUCAUCGCGGGACCUGAUCAUCGCCGAUCUGCAAGAACUCUGCGAUGUAGGGCUAAGCCACACGCCGCCCAUCCGGUUCGCUCACGAGGCACUAUGCUGGGCAACACAUCAUUCCUUCUGGACAGAUGUCUGGGACCUCGUCCUCGCAGUCGACAGGCCGAACUUCGGGACUUGCCUUGACACAUUCAACCUCUUGGGGCGGGAGUACGCUGACCCUACUGCACCGUCGGGGAAGACGCCGAACGCCGAGGAACAGCUUACCACCACGCUACACAACCUACGCACUCGCCUCGACCCUUCAAAGAUUUUCUACAUCGAAGCUGUCGACGGCGAGCGGCUAGAUGCGCCACUCGUUGAAGGUCACCCAUUCCACAACGCUGAUCAGGUGCCGAGGAUGUCAUGGAGUCGGAACGCGAGGCUAUUUCCGUUCGAAGAGAGAGGCUAUCUGCCUGUUACCGAGAUCCUCAAGGCUAUUGAGGACGUCGGGUACGAAGGCUACGUAGCAUUCGAAUUCUUCUCGCGGACUGCGCACGAACAAGGCGAGCAUGUGCCCAUAGAGCAUGCCCAGAGGGCGCAGAAGAGUUGGAGAAAGAUAUGCGAAGCGAUGGGCUGGGAGUAUGAGGAGCGCUGGGCGACUGGCUGGUUGCCCAAGAGCACGUCCGCCAUCGCAAACGAAGAGCGCGCUGCGGCAAACAGUUCGAAAGAUUGCGAUAUCACGACUCAGGCCUCAGCAAAGCCUCCCUCUGGGACAGCUUCGCCGCUUCUCAAGACGCAAGGGCCAAGAGCCUCGACUCCUACAUCGAGGCCCGAGUCCGCACACAAGCAGAGUUGGACGACACCUCAGGUGUUGCAGGCGCAUUGA